UAACGGCUACAAUACCGUUCUUUCUUUUUCUCUCGCAUCACCGGCGACAGUUCUAACGGAAACAGAAAAAAUCGGCGAAAAAAUCGGCCACCACUAAAACCGAAGACACCAAUUGUGGCAAAACGGAUACUCGUCUGCUCAAAUUAGUGGUGUAACUAAUCGCCAUCACUAGUGGAGAAGUAGAUCUUUAAAUACUAGGCUAAUCGUUUCAUUACACUUCGGUUCUUUGGAGGGUAAAGAAUCCGCAUUCUAGAGUUUUUAAGCUUUUCUCAGUUCGCUCCUAACAUGAUAAACAGUUCCUUUCAUGUCCUUGCUUUUCUAAUCUCACUUCUUUGAACCCAGGAGCUGGAGCUUUUCUGAAUCAUAAUCUAAUUUCAGCUUCUGGGUUUUUGUAAAUUAUUUAAUUUUAUUACUUUUUUGUUUGUUUUAAAUAUGUCGAUUGCUGAUAUUGCGUUGAAUCCCUGUCAUUUGCCCCGUUUGUUUAAUGAGCGAGCCGGACGGUCCAAUUCUAGCGAGUCAAUCUUGAUUUUUCUUAGUGUCUGUGGUUCGUUGAUCCCAAUGCGUGUGUUGGAGACUGAUUCGAUUGAAUCAGUUAAGCUUAGGAUUCAAACAUGUAAAGGUUUCGUAGUGAAAAAGCAAAAGCUUGUGUAUGGGGGCAGAGAAUUGGCACGAAAUGAAAGUCGUGUGAAAGAUUAUGGUUUGACGGGUGGGAAUGUUUUACAUUUAGUUCUUAAGUUGUCUGAUCUUUUGCUUAUAACUGUUAGGACAAGUUGUGGGAAAGAGUUUGAGUUUCAUGUUGAUAGGUUUAAAAAUGUUGGAUAUGUAAAGAAGCGGAUUGCGAAGAAAGGACAUGAUUUUGAUGAUAUUGAUGAUCAGGAAAUUUAUUGUGAUGGUGAGAGGCUUGAAAAUCAGAGAUUGAUUGAUGAUAUUUGUAAGGACAAUGAUGCUGUCAUUCAUUUGUUAGUUCAGAAAUCUGCAAAAGUUCGAGCUAAGCCAAUUGACAAAGAUUUUGAACUUUAUGUUGUGGCGGCCAAUGCAAAUGAGGGGAAACAGACAGAGAGCUUAGAUGGAGCAGCGUUAGAGAACCAACCGAAGGAGUUUCGAGUUGUAAAUAGAGAGCCAUGUGUUAGAGAUUUCUGGUUAGAACCUGUAAUCGUUAAUCCUAAAGUGGAUUUGCCUUCUGUGGUUUGGAAUAUGAUUAACUCUACAUUUGAUGGUUUGGAGAGAGGUAAUAAGCCAGUUAGGUCAUCUGAGGGAACUGGAGGGACUUAUUUCAUGCAAGAUUCAUUGGGUUUGGAUUAUGUUUCUGUGUUUAAGCCUAUUGAUGAAGAACCAAUGGCUGUGAAUAACCCACGCGGACUACCUGUGUCAUUAGAUGGUGAAGGAUUGAAGAGAGGGACUAGGGUUGGAGAAGGAGCAUUGAGGGAAGUCGCAGUGUAUUUAUUGGAUCAUCCCAAGAGUGGUCCUCGUUCAUUAUCAGGUGAAACAUUGGGAUUUGCUGGCGUACCCCCUACAGUUAUGGUUCAGUGCUUACAUGAGGAAUUUAACUAUCCAGAUGGGUAUGAAUAUGCGGCAGAAAAUGUUAAGAUGGGGUCACUACAAAUGUUCAUGAAGAGUUAUGGGAACUGUGAGGACAUGGGCCCUGGGGCUUUCCCUGUGGAGGAGGUGCACAAAAUCAGUGUGCUUGAUAUCAGGAUGGCAAAUGCAGAUAGACAUGCUGGUAAUAUAUUGGUUGGCAAAGGGGAUGAUGGUCAGACUAUUCUCAUUCCAAUUGAUCAUGGCUACUGCUUGCCUGAGAAUUUUGAAGAUUGUACCUUUGAUUGGCUUUACUGGCCUCAAGCUCGAAAACCUUUUUCUCCCGAAACAAUUGACUAUAUAAAGUCCCUGGAUGCUGAACAAGACAUCACACUUCUGAAAUUUUAUGGGUGGAAUGUUCCCCUUGAGUGUGCCAGAACACUCCACAUCUCCACCAUGCUUUUGAAGAAAGGAGUAGAGAGAGGUCUCACUCCUUACGCCAUUGGAAGCAUCAUGUGUAGAUCAAAUGUGAACAAGGAAUCUGUAAUUGAGGAGAUAGUUCGUGAAGCACAAGAUUCCUUACUACCUUUCAUGAGUGAUGUUUCAUUUCUCCAAACCGUUUCUGAAAUCAUGGAUUCCCGGCUUGACAAGAUUAAUCUAUAAUUUCUUCUGGUUCGUAUAUAUAUAUAUAUAUAUAUUUGUAUGUAUUAAGUCGAUGAACAGUCCAUUUUUGGAUGGACUGCAGUUGCAACGAUCACCGAUGGUUCAUAUUGUUUUAAAUGGGCCUAAAGCUUUUAAUGUUCUUUCACUUCUGUCAACUAUUAUUGGUAUUGUAUUGGCUGGCAUGUUGAACAGAAGUUUAAGAUGAUGAAUAAUAUGUCUGCUCAGAUUAUAUGGAUCUCAGAGUCAGAGGUUAUGCUCAAACAGGAGCUUAAAAACCUGGUUCUUUGUAAAUUAAUCUGUAGUAGUG